AUGCAGGCUACACCGUGUGACCAGGACUCCAAAGGCUACGGAAGUUCUAGGAGGGCAGCUGUUCCAACUGGCUGUGGCAUUCUGAAGCUUCCCGGAGGCUUCCCAGAGCACAAGCUAACAGGGUUGGAGCUGGCUCAUUGCUCAGGACUCUGGGCCUUCCCAGACUGGGCCCCAACGGAGGACCUAAGGGACCCUGAGAGACAGCAAAAGAGAGUCCGAACUAUGUUUAACUUGGAGCAGCUGGAAGAGUUGGAGAAAGUGUUUGCAAAACAGCACAAUCUGGUGGGGAAGAAGAGAGCCCAGCUGGCAGCUCGGCUCAAACUUACAGAGAACCAGGUGAGAGUCUGGUUCCAGAACCGCAGGGUCAAGUAUCAGAAGCAGCAAAAGCUGAGGGCAGCGGUUACAUCUGCCGAGGCUGCCUCCCUGGAUGAGCCUUCCAGCAGCUCCAACGCCAGUAUCCAGAGUGAUGAUGCCGAGUCAGGAGUAGACGGCUGA